AUGGACAAAUUCAACACAGGCAGGCGGGUCGAACCCAUCCCCAGCAUCUUAAAAAAACCUAAAACACAGAAAAAGGGUGAUCUUCUAGACAAGAGCACUAAAAUUAAACGCGAAAAAUACAGUAACAAAAAAGGCGAUGUGAACCUUCCGCUUCCACAAGGGUGUACUCCAUUGAUGUAUGCUUGUCAACAAGCUGAUUAUAAGACCGUUGUCGAUAUACUGAAUAAAGAUCCCUCAUCAAUUCGCGUCCGUGAUCGAGGACUACGCAGUGCGCUGCACUAUUGCGCGUCAAGCGGCGCGGGGGCCAGCCAAUCAGCGCGUGCUGCGUGUGCUGACCGCGUGCUGAUGGCAGCGCCAGCGCUUGCAGACGCACGAGACGCCGACGGCCUCACCCCUCUUCACCUCGCUGUGGUCCACGGAAACGUUCCCUUGGUACAGACCCUGCUUGCUGCCGGCGCUGACGUUAACGCUAAAGACAACGAGCACCACACCGUUGUUCACUGGGCCACUGUGUGUGGUGAGGUCGGUGCUCUUCGCGCCGUGCUGGCGGCCGGCGCUGACGCAGCCACCCCUGACCAACACGGCGGGUAUCCUCUGCAUUACGCCGCGCAGAUGUGUGGCGCACCAGCUGCUACUGAUCAUCAAAGUCGUGGAGCGGCAUUAGAAGUUUUACGUGCUUUAGUAAAAGAAGGCUUCGUAAGAGUGGACGUGAGGGAUGCAGAUGGCCGCACACCAUUACUUUGGGCUGCGUCUGCGGGCUCUGCCGCUGCUGUAUUGGCCCUGCACCAGGCAGGUGCUAGAGUUGAUGAUGCAGACAGGGAUGGAUUAACAGCUCUACAUUGUGCGGCAGCAAGGGGACAUACUGAAGCUUUAGAGACAUUAGUCGGUCUUUGCGGAGCUCGUGUUGACGUAGCGGACUCUCAUGGUUGCACACCACUACACUACGCGGCGGCAUUGGGUCAUGCUGAUGCAACAUCAGCUUUGCUCGAACACGGAGCAGAUGCUCACCGUCAAGAUCGAAGAGGCCGGAGUCCAGCACACACCGCUGCUGCAAAGGGACAGAUAGAGACGGUGCGGAUUCUCGGAGCAAGAGGCGCAAAUUUAUGGUUGCGUAAUUCAAAGGGUGAUUUACCUUUACAUGAAGCAGUUGCAUCGGGUCGUAGAGAAUUAGUUAAGUGGUUAUUGGAUGGAAGACCAUCUCAAGUAAAUGCCACGAAUCACGAAGGUCGAACACCAUUGCAUAUUGCUGCUGCUACAGACAAUGCCGAUCUUUGCCGUUUAUUAUUAGACCGUGGAGCAGAAGUAAAUUAUGUAGCAAGAUCUUCAAAGAAUGAACCAAUAACUCCUUUAGAUUGUGCAACAAUUCGAGGACAUCGAUCUACGGCUAAAUAUAUACAAAUGCAUGGAGGUUUACCUGCAUCUAAACUACCGAAUACUCAAAUUGUAAUUGAUAACACUCCCAUUUCAAAUUUACCAACGAGACGUGUAACGAGUACAAAAAUUGAUUUAAGGGACAAAAUAAGAAUAGAAAAACGAGAAGUUGUGGAAGUAUCAAGCCCGCUACCAGAAAGGAGACGAAUAAGAGACGACAGCGACUUCAAUUCUGAUAGUUCCGAAGAUAACAGAAAAUCUCGAAAACGUUAUGAAAAUAAAUAUUCUGAGCGUAAAAAGAGAUUAAUAGAUAGCAAACAAAAAAGUUUUAGUGAUGGCUAUGAUUCUGAAAUAGAAGCGUGUUGUAAUCAUGCAUAUCAUAAACAAAAAAUUACGAAAGGCUCUAGAUCACAUAAAAGCAGAUCUAGAAGUGAGCCUUCUAAAAGAAACAGAAAUAGUCCACGAUACCACCGAAGAUAUCGAUCUAUCUCUGACAGUUCUUCUGAAAUAUCUAGUUCUCAAGAAAAAAGAAGAAGUAAACGUCACAAAAAACGAAACAAAAGAACAACAAAUUCUACAUCUGAUAGCAGUACAGAAUCAAGUGAAAGGCGUAGUACAAAACGCAAGGGUAAGAAGACCUCUAUACACAUAGAGAAUGAUGAUUUGAAACAAAGUGUAAAUAUUGUAAAGUAUAAAAAUGUCGAUAACAUUAAAGAUAGCGAUACAAGGGAAAAUAUAGAACGUAAUGUUUCAUUUGAAGAACCUUCGCUGGUAAAAGAUAUUGAAAUCGAAUCGAAUAAGGAUCAACACACUUUAAAUAAGCAAAGUGAAACAGAAACCGAUACCGUCUCAGUUAAAACCAACAUGGUUAUAACUGAAGCUCAAAUUCAUAUGGAAAGAGAAUCAAGCCAACAUGGAAGUUCGGAAUUAACCGUCACCGUUGAUUCCCAUAAUAAUGUCUCUAUAGAAACAUCGAACUUAUCAGUUACCCAAACCGAUUCAAAAGAAGUAAUGGGAGAGGAAAAAGAUGCAAAUAUUGAACAAGAUGAUACAAAAACCAAUGAAAAAGAAGAAACAAAAUUAACAGUUGACACCACAACAGAAGUAAAAGAAGCGAAGGAAUCCAAAAUAGAACAAAAAUUCAGUGAUGAAGUUACUCCUCAAGAUAAAAAAAUAGAUGAAAAAGACACUUCUCAGCCCCAACCUACCACUAUAGAGGAAGAACAACCUACAAUAGACAACAAAUCUCAAGAAUCGAACCAAGUAAAUGAAGAUAAUGUAGAAAAAGAAAAAGAUAGCUUGUCAUCCACAUCUGGUGAACCAAACGCAAGUGAAACAAGUCGGAAGAGAUCUUUUCAAGUAUUAUCGGGCCCAGAAAAGUCUUCUUCGCUAAGCAAAGACAUGCCCGAAGAUACUACUCUAGCACCGGAUGCCAAAGAUGAUCAAACAGGAUCACAAGAAAAAAGUUCACCAAGUGUGUCAUUUUCAAAUAAGGACGAGAUUUUUAAAAUAAAAGAUUCAGUCGAAUCAGUAGAUCUCAAAAAAGUAUCCCAAGAAGAAGUAGCAUAUAAAAAAGAGGAUAAAUUAGAUGACAAAAAUAUUGAGACGGUAUCAACAUCAGAUAACACUACUAACGUCGGUAGCCAAAUAAUUGAUAAAGGUAUUUUAUCUAUAAUAAAAGACGAAGAGUCUGAAGUAACUGAUCUGAAUUUAUCACUUACAGAUGCAUCGCCAAAAUUCCAAAGAAAAUCUUUAAAAGAUAGUCAACCUAGUAGUAGAAAAAGUAGCAUAUAUGAAACUGAAAGUUAUAAAGUUCUGUCAGAAACUGCUGGGGUCAUUGAAACUAGUCCAGGUAUUUUAAAAAAACGUUCAACCGUAGAAGAUAAUUAUUUUGACGACGAUAAAGAGGCUCUGCAUGAAAAAAUAAUACGUCAGAGUUCUUAUGGUAGAGUACCGAGCGUAAGUGAUAAUGAAAUUUAUUACAGCCAUUCUGAAGCAAAUGGUAAACGGAAAAGGUUUAGAAAAAAAGGUAGAUCAAGAAGUCGUAUCACGAUACGGUCAAAAAGUGAAAAUUCUGAAAGAGGAUAUGAGUCUAGUGGAGUUAUGGAUUCCGGAUUUGAGCCAAGUCCGAGGCCAAUUCAACGUUGUAUAAUAAGUCCUAGGCUGAAUGCAUAUUAUGCACAACGGAAAUCAGGAGGAAAAUUAAUGGGUAAAGCUGACAGCAAAAUUCCCGUUAGGAAGCCAGGGGAUAAAAAUGCGGUAGAUAUGAGAUCAGUCACACAACGUAUACAAACGAAUAUGCGAAGGUACUAUUGUGAAAGAAAAAUUUUCCAACACUUACUAGAACUCAAGCGGUUGCAAAUAAGAACAAGUAAAGCAAACGAAGCUGUAUUGGUUAAACGGGCCAUCGACGAAUAUAACAAAUCAAGUCUUGCUCAUGUAGGCUUGGGAUCGUACAAUAGCACAGAUUAUUCAUUCAGCAGUUUUGAAAAAUUCUUGUAUCACAGCCUACGAAAGUUACAAAGGAGCGGAAAGAAACAUUUAGAUAAUUUGCCGGAAAAGCCUAUUGAUUUUGAUUAUGGGGAAAGUGAAUUAUAUAAAAUGAGCGCUAUUCCAGAUAACCCAUGUCUAUGUACUAGUAAAACACAUCGUUGUUUCCAUGCAAUUCAUGCCUAUACUGGUAUUCCAUGUUCAGCUUACAUUCCAUACAAGUGGAAUCAUCAUACUAUGCCAAAACCUGCUACAGCUGGUGCAACAACGAAAUCUAAGAACUUUUUACCAAAAAUUAAUACUAAACCUUCUACAAGUUCAGGGAAAGCUCACGUUACUCUAGAAGUAUCCCAUGGUACAGAAAAACAGUUAAUAGCACUUCCAGCUGAACGUUUGGACAAAAAUAAGAGAUAUUAUGUAACAUUCACUGUGAAGGGCUCUGAACCUCCCUCUGAUAAUGACAACGCAUCACCAACUUCAGCUAAAGUAAAGAGUGUACGAAGUGACUAAUUAAUCAUUAAAAUUACAAAAUAAUAACUAUUUACUCGAUUGGUUGUUCGUCUCAAUAAUGAAGGAAAAGUAUGAAGCUACAAAGCACUGCCUGUAAAAUGUAUGUGAUUUAAUGUCCCAGUAAUAAAACUCCGUCCAUGUAAAAAUAUUUUUCUAAUGACGUAGAUUGGAUUAUAUAUAUGUUAAACAAUUAAGAAGAAUGAAGAGAAAAAAAGUGAUUGUUCUAUGUUGUUCUAGUCUUCCUGUGAUAACGUUUUAAAGAGCACAAAUUAGAUGUAGAUAAAUGUUAU